GAACCUUAAAUAAUCCAAUCUAUUCAUCAAUAUGGGGUUGUGGAGAUCAUUAAGCUCCUGACUGAAAUUAUGAACCGAUUGAUGUUAGACUACCAUUGAAAACCUGGAAGAACUGGACGCCGUUCCGUCCCAUUAUGGGACUCAGCAGUGCGCAUCUAAGAUCCCGUUUGCGGAAUUCGAACCCAGGACCCUCGAUCUUACUCACGAACUCUUAACAUCUAAACCAGUGAGCUGGCUUCCAUUGGUGUUAAUGUCUAACCUCAACCAAUCCACGACAUUGUGCGAUCAUCUCCCAUUGUACUGAAGUAGAUGACUGUCUCUACCCGACACGGAGUUCUAGUGAAAAACGGUAACCGAAAUUGUCAUGGAGUAUGUGAAUACAAUUAUUAGUUCUACAUUAUUGAUGGUGACUUAAUAAAACAAGCUCUUGUAGCAUGAAGAAGUAAGUUGGUUGUUUCACCGUAAUAUCAGAAUAAUACACCAGGACAUUUACCAGUUUACUGAUCGUUCGUGAAAUCCAGUACUCAUCAACUAUCAUUUGUUUUGUUUAUUCAUAACAUAAUUCAACCAAACCAGUAAAAUGUAGUCAGGUUCUAAAAAGCAAACAUUGUUGGUUCAUUAUUUAUGGUUAAGGAUGUUAUUCACCUCUCUAUUGAUCAAAUGAAAUGUGUUUCUCAUGUGAUUCAAGUACCUAUGUGAUAGUCUUCUUUACCUCUCUUGUUUUAAUUCAGUUAGAUACAUGAGUAAAAAUAUUAACCACUUUAAAUGGUACUUUGUGCUAUACUGCCUGAUAUAUUUUAUGUACUGGAAGAAGAUAAUAUAAGCCAUAAUGACUUAUCAUUGGCUGAUUAGUAUACAAAUCUCAUUGUUAUUUGUUAACUGCUUAUGUAAUGGAUCAGAAUGGUCUUAUUCAAAUAUAUUAACUGGACCGGAAACAUGGAAUCACCACUAUAGAAAUAUGUGUUCAGGUUAUUAUCAAUCACCAAUUGAUUUGAAAUCAGAUAUAUCUAUACUUGAUUUACGAUUAAAAACUGUGGUAAUUUAUCGAAACACAUCAGUUGCUGAGACCACUACAAUUACAAAUAAUGGUCACUCAGCUGAUGUUACAUUUUCACAAAACACUUGGUUUAUAUCAUUUGAUGGCUUACGUGACUAUAAAUAUGAAAUUGCAAAAAUGCAUUUUCACUGGGGUAAUACUGAUGAUCGUGGAUCUGAGCAUACUAUUGAUGGAAUUAGAUUUCCUUUAGAAGGACAUAUUGUAUCGUUUCGAAGAGAGCUGUAUUCUUCACUCGAGGAAGCUAUCGGUCGACCAGGUGGACUUGCUGUUCUUGGUAUCAUGCAUAAUAUUGUUGAAUCAAUAAAGUCUGACCAAACAGUGUUCAAGGCAUAUAACAAUUUUUCUGGUGUAUUGAAUCCACAAUUCGCUCCUCCAAAUGCUUUGACAGUUGAUAAUAUGAAUUUAUCACUAAUUUUAAGCUUCUUGAAUCCUAGUCGUUAUUUUCGCUAUUUUGGUUCAUUGACAACUCCACCAUGCACAGAAAAUGUUCUUUGGACUGUUUUUACGGAUCAAGUGCCAAUUACACGUGAACAGGUUAAUCUAUUUCGUAGUUUACCUUAUGGUCCAAAUGAAAAACAAACUACUAUGGGUGAUAAUUUUCGUCCUAUUCAACCAUUAAAUCCAGCAGAUACACUUGCACCACGUUCUCUAUAUCGAGCUACAGCAUCAAGUCUUUCAUUAUUAUCUUUACCAGGUUUAUUAUGUAUCAUGUUGACCAGUCAACUUACUGUGAUAUUUUCUUAAUUCAUUUAAUUCAAAACUAUUUAUGUCUGAAAUAUUUAGCUUCUUCUAGACCCAAAUUAUUGCGCUUUCAUUCUUUGAAUUAAAAACAAAAAGAGGAUACUUACCCAUACUACUUUAUAGAGUAAAUUUUCUUGUUUUAUUUUUCUUCUUUGUUUUUUUACUUCAAAUUUCUCAUAUUUUGUAUAUAACUUAGUUGGUGUGUUAUAUUUGGUUUGAUUUCACAUCAUAAUGUUUAUUUUAUUAGAUUAAUAUGAUUAUGCAAUAUGUAUCUGUAAGAGUUCCUUGAUCAAUAGCCUCAUUACUUACUGUCUACUAUUUCUAGAUCUUAAUUAGUUGGUUACUAUUUUCCUCUUCAAGAUUCAUGAUGAAGUGGAAAAAAAAAAUUAUGUAUUCAUGAUUCAUUCAUUGUAGUUAAUUAUCAGUGAAUAAUAAAAAAGAAAUGACAUUUCAUCUAAUGACUUUAUUCUGUUGGGAUUUUGUAAUUCUCUUUUAUUUUCACCUCAAAUUUGGUUACGAAGCAUGAUGUAAGCCAAUACAAUAGGUAGGAGGAAAGUAUAUUUAUUGUGAGAAGUUACAAUGUAUUUACUUAAUAAUUAUACAUAGCCUUCAUUCGUCCAUUAGCAUCUUUCGGUAUGUUCUGCAACCUGAAAUGUCUUCUCGAGUGAUC